AUGGAGUCAAUAUCGCCGUUUUACUCGCUUACCCCGGAGGUCAAGUACUCCCCGCCAUGGCAGGACCUGAGCAUCAUCGGUAUUGCUGGGAGCUCCGGCUCCGGGAAGACCUCGGUAGCCAUGGAGAUUGUCAGGUCGCUGAACCUUCCUUGGGUGGUGAUUCUCGUCAUGGACUCGUUCUACAAGACCUUGACUCCAGAGGAGCACCGCAAGGCCCAUGCCAACGAGUAUGACUUCGACUGCCCGGAAUCAAUUGACUUCGAUCUGCUGGUCGAGACUCUCCAGGACCUGAAAAAAGGGAAGAAAGCCCAAAUUCCGAUCUACUCGUUUGCCGAGCACCAGCGGCAACCCCAAACGACCACCUUGUAUUCACCCCGAGUGUUGAUUCUAGAGGGAAUUCUGGCCCUCCACGAUCCUAGAAUUGUGAAUUUACUUGAUGUCAAGAUCUUCGUAGAAGCCGACAUGGACGUCUGUCUCGGGCGCAGAGUCCUUCGAGACGUCCGUGAACGAGGCCGAGAUAUCGAAGGCAUUAUCAAGCAAUGGUUUGCCUUUGUGAAACCAUCUUACACCAGAUUUGUGGAACCUCAACGGCCCAUCUCUGAUAUCAUCAUUCCUCGUGGUAUUGAGAAUACGACCGCUAUUGAUAUGGUCGUUAAGCAUAUUCAGCGCAAGCUCCAGGACAAAUCGGAGCUGCAUACUGAAGCGCUCCGGAAUCUUGGGCUUAUUGCUGCCAAGGUUGAGCUACCGGCCAAUGUGCAUGUCAUGCCCCCAACACCGCAGUUUGUAGGGAUGAACACCAUUCUGCAAGAUCCAGAGAUGGAGCAUGUUGACUUUGUCUUUUACUUUGACCGACUUGCCUCGAUCCUUAUCGAAAAGGCCCUUGACAUGACGGCAUAUGUCCAGACCACAGUGGAGACGCCACAAGGAAACAAGUACAUGGGGCUGAACCCUAAGGGCGAUGUCUCAGCAGUUGCCAUUUUGCGUGGAGGGUCUUGCCUGGAGACGGCUUUGAAGCGAACCAUUCCCGAUUGCAUUACCGGCCGUGUCCUGAUCCAGACCGACGAAAGCAGCUCCGAGCCAGAACUACACUAUUUGAAGCUUCCUCCCCAGCUCGAGGAGCAUUCCAUGGUCAUGCUCUUGGAUCCACAGAUGUCAAGUGGAGGAGCUGCUCUGAUGGCCGUGCGUGUUUUGAUUGACCACGGUGUGCAAGAAGAGAAGAUCGUUUUCGUGACAUGUGCCGCUGGCGAGCUUGGAAUUAAGCGCCUGGUUGCCGUCUACCCCAAGAUCAACGUUGUUGUCGGUCGGAUCGAGGCAGACGGGGAGCCACGGUGGAUGGAGAAACGCUACUUUGGAUGUUAG